CUUGCGCAAUUUGAUGAAUAGUGUCGCUGUCAAAAGCGUUAGAAACAGAUGAAGGAAUGUUGAUAGAUUGGCAGCUGUAACAGAAAGGACAGGAAGAGAAGCUGCGUCAUGUCUCCUCCUCACGGUUACAUGCAACGUUAGUUAUUAACCUUCGGAGCUUGAUGUCGGUGAGAGUUUGCUCAACUAUUACCGUCACUGUGCCGUCCGUCCCGGGCUCAAUGUUGUGUUGCGCUGCCUUUUUUCUGGAAAGCUAUGGAGACCAGAACAUGUCAAGUGUAAGUGUUUCAACUGUACGCGUGUCGAGGUUCUUGUGAAUAUUUUUCCACCUUCUCAAACUUCAACGCAGGAGGGAAACCUUUGGCUCGGCAAGGAGCCUUUGAGGGCCCACAUCAGCAUGGUGAACAGCCAAGCGUCGGGUGUACCGCCGACCCCCAGGUCGUGUGCAGGAUGUGGGGGGAAGAUCGCCGACCGCUUCCUGCUCUUCUCCAUGGAGCGCUACUGGCACACUCGUUGCCUCAAGUGCUCUUGCUGCCAAGCCCAGCUGGGGGACAUUGGCACCACCUGCUACAGCAAAGGGGGCAUGAUUCUGUGUCGGAGCGACUACAUCAGACUGUUCGGGCACAGCGGGGCGUGUAGCGCCUGCGGCCAGUCGAUCCCAGCCAACGAAAUGGUGAUGAGGGCGCAGGGAAAUGUUUACCACCUCAAGUGUUUCAGCUGUGCCACCUGUAGAAACAGACUGGUGCCUGGCGAUCGCUUCCAUUACAUCAACGGUACAAUCUUCUGUGAGCACGACAGACCCGGCGCUGUCUUGAUCAACAGCCACCUGCCUCCACUUCAGAGCAACUCUGUGCUGACAGACCAGAAGGUAUGCUGAGUGGCAGAAGUGCUGUGUCUUGCCCUCGCCUCCCCACCCCGAGCUUCACUUCUCUUCGGUGCACUAUUCUCCUCCUGCUACUGUCGUUAUUGUUGUGGAGUCUCGUCACUGCCCCGCUUCUUUUCCCCCGGGGGAGGACGCAAUUUCUCACCAGGAUCCCCGUUUGUCACCAUAUCAGAGACUCUCUAUUCCGCAUACGAAGUCACAUUUAUGUUGUGUUCAAUGUCAGAGUGGUCUGUGCAUCAUCAACAACUUACGUUAUGUGUGGACUGCACUAGCAAAAGGCUUCUUCGGGAUUUAGAGAAAGCUGUGGAGGAAAACAAUGAGGAUGAAAGCCUGCGCCGAUUGGAAGAGGAAAUAAAAGAUGCUUGAAUGAACACUUGAUGGACUGCUGUAAAAUGACUGUCAAAGGCUUUGCUUUGUGCCAUGUGGCAUUAUUUCCCCUGAGCGUCAGUGUUUUUAAUGAACUCUUGAUCUCGCUCUCGAAUAUGUAAAUCUGAGAUCGUACACACUGAGGAUUCAACACAAAAUUGAUGGGAGUCAGGCAAAAAUCUGAGUAUCUGAAAAUGUUCAUAGGUCAUAGGAAACCUUGAAACUAAUUAAAAAAAAAAAAACCUACACCAGAAACUUUUGAAACUCUCAGAAAUCACAGAAAUCUAAUGUUACUGUAUGAUUACAAUUACUAUACUUACUACUAUUUUUUUUUUUUUCAGAUGCCCUUCACAAAGAACUGAAAUGAUGUGAAGGUUUUGUUCCAUUUCUUCUGUAGAGUUUUAGUUCUUUAUCAGAUGCCGGGUUCAAUGUGUGAAAAACAAAUUGUGGGGUUAAAAACAAAAAUCCUAUUAAAAUGAUUUUUCUGUAACAUGUCACGGAGUGAGCUGAGGUCAUUUUGAAGCCCCUUAGCGGCAUAAGAGUGGCAUUGUAUUGCAUGGUACCUAGCAUGGUGGAUGUGACUGUUCUCUCUCGCUUUCUUUAGCCCUGUAUGGUGAAAACAUGCCUGAUUACCCCGAGGAAUGGAAUUAGGGGGCUUGAGCUCUGACCAUUUACAGAAGCAAUUAAACAUGAGCCCUGUAUCUGUGCUGCUGGAGCUCUUGGGAGGCUGAACUUGGAGCAUAUCCCGUGGCUGACUGGCUCGGUGGCUGUCUGCUUCUAAUAAAGCCUAAUCUUAAAGCAGGCUAAUUAAAGGGGAGUGGCCCCCUCUACAUCCAGGGCAUUUGAAACAAUCUGAUGUAUUUACUGUUUACCAUGUUCCAAUUAAAGCUCCGACACAGA